CUCUGGAAGGCCGGGAGAGAAGGAAAUACAUCCCUGAUCCCGGGGCAGAACCAGGGGACAGCAUCUGUGCCGGGGGCGAGGGGCGGGCAGCUCGGCCGGGAGGCAGCAGGAAUGGGGAGCACUGUCCCCCACAUCCCGGGGUGCAGCAGGAAUGGGGAGCACUGUCCCCCACAUCCCGGGGUGCAGCAGGAAUGGGGAGCACUGUCCCCCACAUCCCGGGGUGCAGCAGGAAUGGGGAGCACUGUCCCCCACAUCCCGGGGUGCAGCAGGAAUGGGGAGCACUGUCCCCCACAUCCCGGGGUGCAGCAGGAAUGGGGAGCACUGUCCCCCACAUCCCGGGGUGCAGCAGGAAUGGGGAGCACUGUCCCCCACAUCCCGGGGUGCAGCAGGAAUGGGGAGCACUGUCCCCCACAUCCCGGGGUGCAGCAGGAAUGGGGAGCACUGUCCCCCACAUCCCGGGGUGCAGCAGGAAUGGGGAGCACUGUCCCCCACAUCCCGGGGUGCAGCAGGAAUGGGGAGCACUGUCCCCCACAUCCCGGGGUGCAGCAGGAAUGGGGAGCACUGUCCCCCACAUCCCGGGGUGCAGCAGGAAUGGGGAGCACUGUCCCCCACAUCCCGGGGUGCAGCAGGAAUGGGGAGCACUGUCCCCGACACCUCGGGGUGCAGCAGGAAUGGGGAGCUCUAAGUCACAUUCCAGCUCUCCCUCAGGCCGGGAAGCAGCAGGAAUGCAGAGCACUGUUUUUCUCCCCCUGUUCCCCACAUCCCGGGGUGCAGCAGGCAUGCGGAGCACUGUUUUUUUUCCCGUUUCCUACAUCCCGGGGUGCUGUAGGAAUGGGGAGCACUGAUUUACACCCCCGUUUCACCCGGGCAGGAGUAAGGUGGGAGUGGGGAUCACUGAUUUACACCCGCGAUGCAGCAGGAAUGGGGAGCUGUGAUUUCCAUCCCAAGAUUGGGAUGCAGAAGGAGUGGGGAGCUCUGAUUUUUGCCCUGCUCCCCCCAUCCCGGGAAGCAGCAGGAAUGGUGAGCACUGACUUACACCCCUCCUUCCCCAUUUCCCGGGAUGCAGCAGGAAUGGGGAGUUCUGAUUCACUCCCCUUCUUCCCCCCAAAACUGGGGUGCGGCGGGAGUGGGGAGCACUGAUUUAUGUUCCUGCUCUCCUCCAUCCCGGGAAGCAGCAGGAAUGGUGAGCACUGAUUUACACCCCUCCUUCCCCAUUUCCCGGGAUGCAGCGGGAAUGGG